GUCGAUUUGUACAACGACGCUGUCUUUCUCUGUCCGGCCUGCGCUAGACUUUCAGCUUGCCAACUUCAUCGUAAUGCUGUUUGUUUGCAUUUCUUCUGCUUGCAUCUCUAAAUUUAGACUGACAGCAGUUUGGAUCAGCCACUUUUCCUAAGCAGAAAACAUUGGUUUGCUUUAGUGGGAUUUUAUUGGUGUUGAAUACAACAAUGACCAGAACCAUUGUAUUGCGGGAGUGAUGCCAACGUUGAGCAUGCGCGUAGGGUUGCUGUAAAGAUCUCCUAGCAUUCACUAUUUAUAUAUACACAUCGCUCGACACGAUACCACAUGUGAAGUGACUGAGAGGGCAGCGACUUGUGCUAGCUCACUGCCAACAAAGUUGGGCUGCAUUUGCAUCAAUUCGCGAACAUCCUUGCAAGCACUCGACUCGGUCUCCAUUUUGAUACACUUUGCAAGACACGUACUGGCUUUGAAAAAUCUCAAAUGUCUUUCCUUCCUCAUUGAGCACACUCCCCUUCCACAGAUAAACCAAAAAUCAGUCAUGGAGUUCGCCGGACCAGAACCAGAGCUGCAACCAGGAGAGGAGCGCCUAGAUCCUUAUCUCCCAGAGUUCAACAAGCUUGGAGAGCAAAUUUUCCUAUACAAACCAGCAACAGAAACCACUUCAGAAUCACAAACGUCUGGCAUUCAGCCCGACCUAAUUAUAAUAUGUUCCUGGAUGGGAGCUCAGCCACGGUACAUCAAGAAGUACACGAAGCCUUAUCAGAUGAUGUAUCCUCAGUCUCCCAUCCUUCUACUCCGACAAGAUGGGGCAGACCUAUUCUGGCGACCACUGUUCCUGCAGCGAAAAGCCAUACAGCCUGCUCUUUCGGUUAUACAGCAGCUCGUGGAAGAGAAACGGUCGACCAAGCCCAGAGUCCUCGUUCACAUAUUUUCGAAUGGUGGUUCAUACACAGCUUCGCAGCUUACGGCUGCAUAUCGAGACUCUUCACCAAGCAAGGACAAAUUACUGCCGAUAUCAGCAUUGGUUCUGGACAGCACGCCUAGUUUGCCGUCCUCAAGGCGUGCUCACACAGCGAUAUCCGAAUCACUACCCAAAUCCGGUCCUUUGCGUACUCUGGGCAGUGUGGCAGUAUGGGGAUACAUUGGCAUGGCCCAGACGAUCGAGACCAUAUCAGGAAGUGACAACAUCACGAUAUGGCUUCGGAAGAAGUUGAAUGACCCAGAGGGUGCAUUCAUGCAGGAUGGUCUGAAGAGGUUGUACAUCUACUCUCAAGCGGACGCGCUCAUACCGGCAGAAGAUGUGGAAGCACAUGCCAAAGAGGCCAUUUCAAUCAUUGGUGAAGACAGAGUGCACCUAGAGGAUUUCGUAUCUAGUAGACAUGUGGGCCAUGUCAUGCUGGACGAGAAGAGAUAUUGGAGCCUGAUAGAGACGCUAUGGAAGGAAAUGGCAGCUUAGAAGAGAUCUUCACUUUUGGCUAUUGGCUGUACGCUGUUAUCUUGAGGUCACAUCUUUUGGAUCCGAUGCUAAAGGUCGUGAGACAUGAUCUGGUUGGAUAUAAUGAGACUCAAAAAAGAAAGCAGCGUUGGAAAUGGCCUAGAUUCUUGCAUAGGUGGCCCCUGUCCGUUCAGAGACAAAAGACUGGCGAUAGACGUACUCUGAGG